AUGGCCGGGUCGCAGGGCUGCGGCGAGGGGAAGAUCGCGGGGCUGUAUGACCUGGAGCGCACGCUGGGCAAGGGCCACUUUGCGGUGGUGAAGCUGGCGCGGCACGUCUUCACCGGGCAGCGGGUGGCCGUCAAGGUGAUCGACAAGAGCAAGCUGGCAGGGGAGGCAGCGGGGCAGCUCCUGCAAGAGGUGCGCUGCAUGAAGCUGGUCCAGCACCCCAACGUGGUGCGCCUCUACGAGGUCAUUGACACCCAUGCCAAGCUCUACCUCAUCCUGGAGCUGGGCGAUGGUGGGGACAUGUUUGACCACAUCAUGCGGCACGAGGGCGGGCUGGCCGAGACACGGGCCAAGCACUACUUCGCCCAGAUCGUCCACGCCAUCUCCUACUGCCACAAGCUCCACGUGGUGCACCGUGACCUCAAGCCCGAGAACGUGGUUUUCUUCCAGGAGCAGGGGGUGGUCAAGCUCACCGACUUCGGCUUCAGCAACCGCUUCCAACCUGGCAAGAUGCUCACCACCAGCUGCGGCUCGCUGGCCUACUCGGCACCCGAGAUCCUGCUCGGGGAUGAGUACGAUGCCCCGGCUGUCGACAUCUGGAGCCUGGGGGUCAUCCUCUACAUGCUGGUGUGUGGCCACCCGCCCUUCCAGGAGGCCAAUGACAGCGAGACCCUCACCAUGAUCAUGGAUUGCCGCUACACCGUCCCCCCGCACGUCUCUGCACAGUGCGCUGAUCUCAUCUCCAGGAUGCUGCAGCGGGACCCGAAGCAGCGAGCCUCCCUGGAGCAGAUCGAGGGCCACGCAUGGCUGCAGGGGGUGGACCCGUCCCCUGCCAGCCGCUGCCUGCUGCCCCUCACCUCCCACAAGCGCAUGUCCAAGGAGGAGCACGAAAUCAUCCUCCAGGCCAUGAUGUGCGGGAACAUUGCAGAUCGGGACACCAUCCAGGAGGCACUGGAGGCUGACCGCUACAACCACAUCACAGCCACAUAUUUCCUGCUGGCAGAGAGGAUGCUGCGGGAGAAGCAGGAGAAGCAGGCCACCGCCUCAGCCUCGUCUACAACCUGGCCAAGGAGGUACAGAGCAGGACCAACUUAUCGGACACGUUCGGCCCCAUGGGCAGCAGCAGCGGCCUCUUGGUCCCGGCUGCCUCCCCUGCCCACCGGAGGGGACAUCGGCGGCCGGCAGCCCCCGCGGACCCUGCUGAAGGUCCCCGCUGUUGACACCACCAUCACCAAGAGCACCCCGGCCCUGCAGCAGAUCUGCGAGGAGGAAGAGGAGGAGGAGGAGGAGGAGGAGGAGGGGAGGCCCAGUACCAUGGAGAGGAAGAGCAGCUCGCUGAACCAGGAGCAGAUGCGAGCCUUCCUGCACGCCCGCCGCCCACCUGGCCGCAGGGAGGUGUGGGGACCGGGGGCCGAGCUGGGGGGCUGGGGUGGGUGCCCGGGCGCGGCCUGGGCCGGGAAGGGAGUGAGUGGGGGCCGGGGUCCCCCAGCGAUGCAGGGGGACAGAGCUGAGCCCCCUAGGAGGGAGGAGGACAGAGAGGCUGGGGGCUCCUCGGCAGAGCUCCCCAGGGAAAGGGGAGCCAGCCCAUCACCCCGGAGCAGCUCUGCUGGGGUCCCCCAGGUGCUGGGGGCAGAGACGACCCCCACCACCCUCCCAAGCCCCACGGACAAGUCCCCGGGGCAGGGGGCACCCACCAGCCCAGCCCGGUGGCUGGUGGAGAGCUCAGGCCCCGGGGGCACCGAGGGGGGCACGGAGAGCGUGAUCAAGCUGGACCCGGGCAAGAGCAAGGGGGGCAGCCUGCGGGACAGGCUCCUGCAGUUCCCGCUCUGUGAGAAAGCCCUGGCCUUCAAAAUCCGGCCAGGCUCCAAGGAGAGCCUCCUCUCACUGGGGCAGUUCAACUGCUGCCACGUCAUUUAA